ACCUCUCCGACUUUCUCGAUGGCGUCGUCUUCCUCGUCAUCGUAUCAUCCUCAGCCGUACACCGGGAAAUGGGAAUACGACGUCUUCUUGUGUUUCAGAGGCGACACGCGGCUCAAUUUCAUGAGCCACCUGAGGGAAGCUCUCCGCCAGAAGCAAAUCAGAUUCUUCGUCGACACAAUGCUUACUGUGACGGAGGACAUCGCCGAGCUCCUCUCCAUCCUCAAAAGAUCGGCGGUCUCAGUGGUGAUAUUCUCGAAGAAUUUCGCCGAUUCGACCUGGUGUCUGGACGAGGUGGAGACCAUUGCCCAAAGUGUGGAACAAUUCGGACACAAGGCCAUGCCGGUUUUCUACAGAGUGAAUUGGACCGCCGUGGCUGGUGAAUCCGGCGAAUAUGCGGACACCAUCGCGAAACUCGUCGACGAAAAGGCCACCGAAGAGCGGAAGAGGAAUUGGAAGGAUGCUUUGAAGGCUGUGGCUCAUAAGACUGGCCGUACCUCUGAGGCUAUCCCGGAUGAUGCUGAAUUAGUUAAGCAGGUGGUGGAAGAUGUUCUGAGAACUCUAGCAGCGAUGUCGUCUGGCAUCCAGUUGAGCAACUUGGUAGGUAUGGAUUCACGGGUUUUGGAGGUCGAGCGACAACUGGCUAUGAACAAAAUGGAUGGUGUUCGGAUUAUUGGGCUUCGAGGAAUGGGUGGUGUAGGAAAAACAACUCUGGCUAGAACUUGCUACGAAAAGUUGAGAUUCAUAGCUAAAGACACCAAGUUUCAUUUUGUUGAGAGGAUUGGUGACAAUUGUGAUAAGCAAAAAGGGGUUGAAGGAAUGGUACUGGAACUCUAUUCGGCAUUGUUGUCUGAGGAAAAGUUAAAGCCUGAAGAUUUGAAUAUUGGUUAUAGAAGGGCACGACUUUCCCGCUUGAGGGUCUUUGUUGUUCUCGACGACGUGGAAACUCCUUUGCUAUUAGAGAAAUUGCUUUUGGGAGAUGCCUUGAAUCCUUCCAAACUUUUUGCUGUGGGGAGUAGAGUCAUUGUGACUACUAGAAAUCAAAAGGUGCUUGAAUAUGCAAAGGCAGGGAUACACCUAGUUGAGGGUCUGAAUGAUGUUGAUUCUCUUCGGCUCUUUAAACUGCAUGGUUUCGAACCUAGCUCUCGCCUUGAUGACUGGGCUGAUCUGUCGAGCCAAGUUGUAUCAUACUGCAAGGGAAACCCCUUGGCCCUUAAAGUUUUAGGGGGUACAUUGUUACCCAAGGACAGGAAGUAUUGGGAGAGCUUCUUGGGCAAAUUGCGCAAGAUCCAAGAACCAGAAAUUCAUCAUGUUCUUAGGAAAAGCUAUGAUGGGUUAGGAGAUGAUGAUAGAAGAUUGUUUUUAGAUGUUGCUUGUUCCUUCCACGAAAUAUUGAGAUCUUACCUGACAAAAUAUUUGGAAACUAGUUAUACCUCUGCACAUAGUAGAGUGCAGGAUUUAAUUGAUAAGUCCAUGUUUAUUUGUGAGUUGGACAAGAACAAUGAUGAGGUAAUUCUUGUGCAUGAUCUGUUAAGAGAAAUGGCUUGGAAUGUUGUCAAUGAGGAAGUAGAUGUUGGGCAACGCAGCAGGGUAAAGAAUCCUGAUGAUGUCAUCAACUUGCUGACAGUCCGAAAGGGAGAGAAAGCAACCCGAGCUAUAAGCUUGAACCUUUCCAGAGUCGAAGAGGUGACUUUGAAAGCAAAUGCCUUUGUAGGGAUGGACUCUCUGAGAUGGCUCAAAUUCUACUGGCCAAAGCAGGGAGGGUUUCAGAAGAUACGUCUACCAGAUGGAGGCCUUAACUAUCUUCCUAACGAGAUAAGGGGUUUGAAUUGGGAUCAAUUCCCUUCAAAGUCUCUGCCAUCAGGAUUUUCUCCCAAAAAACUCUUCAACCUCAUUCUAAGCAAUAGCCCGAUUGAGAGAUGCUGGGAAUUACAAGAUCAGCCUAAGCUUCGGUAUCUGGUUGUGCUAAACCUCUCCUACUGUGAACGUUUAGCUGCUAUCCCAAACCUGUGGAGCUCUUCAAAACUAGAGCUCCUUAUAUGCCGCGGAUGCAAAAGCCUAAUUGAGCUACCUGCAAGCAUCCAAUCUCUUGUCAAAUUGGUAAAGUUGGAUGCCAGGGAUUGCGAAAAUCUCCAGCGUAUUCCAGCCAGGCUCAACUCAAAGUUCCUCAGGCAGCUUCUGUUGUCCAAUUGUCCCAAUGUCACUCGAUGUCCCGAUAUUAAUUCAGGAGAGUUGGAGGUCUUGGAUUUAGAUGGGACACCCAUAAGCGUGCUGCCGGAUGCAAUCUCCAAUGUCAAUAAGGGUGGGGUGGUUAGUCUCUAUGGCCAAAACAUCACUGAUUUCCCUCAAAUUUCAAUGAGCUUAAAGCUGCUUCGUCUGCACCAUACUGCAGUAAGAGAGAUGGAAUUUGAACACUAUCAAUUUGAUCGACUGCAUUUGGUCCACAACACCCUACUCAAGACUCUGCCUACGAGUAUUUGGAAGAAUGUCUCUGUUGCACUUCAUGUUGAGGGUUGCCCAUUGAUUGAAAGUUUGCCAGAAACCUCGGAGCCUUCACUCUUAACUCAGCUUCGUAUUUCUGGUUGUGCAAGGAUCACUGAUGUUUCUUCUUGCAUCUCAAAUAUGAAAUAUUUGAACAUGCUCAUUCUUGGUGCCACAGGUAUCAGGUCACUACCUUCCUGUAUCGAAGAAUUGGACCAGCUCUCUUAUCUAGAUCUAUCUUACUGUGAAAGCCUUGAGUUUAUCCCGAACACCAUCCACAACCUUGCCAAGCUUGCCGAAUUGUUGUUGAUGGGCUGUAAGAGUAUUCGGUCUUUGCCAGAACUCCCACCAAAUAUUAAGAUUUUGAAGGCAAAUAACUGUGAUUCAUUACAAGUCCUAUCGAGGAAUAUUGGGAACCUAAAUUUUGAGCACCUGAGGCUUGACGAUUGUCCACAACUUGACAGGAGUUCUGUUGAUGAAAUCCUGUCGAGUUUCCCAGAUCAGGCUUUGUCUCGGCAUCCUCAGGUGGGUUUUCACUAUUCAGGAAGUGAGGUUCCACAAUGGUUUCACCAACGGAGCAUGAAGGAAGAGAAUUAUGUGAGCUUGGAGCUACCUGUGGACUCUGCAGAACUGAAGGGAAUUGCAUUUGGUGUCGUGUAUUCAUUGGACCAACCCCGAGGUUCCAUGCAUAUAGUUGGAGCAUGUUUCAUCGAAACUGAAGGUGUCUGGCGCUGGAUAUCUUUCCCCUGGGAGUACCACAUGCUUGGUGGCAACUCAGAUCGUGUAUUUCUGUGGUCUGAUAAGACAUUUUGCAGUUUCAAGGAUGAUGAUGAAGAAGCUUGGUUCAAUAAGUACGCUGGGCUCACUGUUUCAUUUCAAUUUGUGGCAGUUGUGGAAUUUGGAGGUGUCACUACUCCUUACCAUGUCAAAAAAUGUGGCGUCUCUCUACUUUACUGACUGUAGUUCAGUUCGGAUGACGAUCUUGCUUGGUGUCAUUACUUCGGCCAUUAUAACGAUAUCUGCAGGCUACGUGGGUAGAGAAUUUGGGAAGGAAAAAGUUGCCACUUGCCACCCUCGAUGCCUUCACAUGAUUCACAGCCUGGUAAUAAUGCUAAGUAGUGUGAUUGUUGUUGUCACAUAACUGUCUGUUUCCUGUGAUCCUCUUCAACAUUUGGUAUUUGCCAUGUGUAUAUAGAGUUGAAUCUGAAUAUGCCGAUAUAUCAAAUUUCUAGUAUGUUCCGAACUAUUAGUACUUGUCCCACUCCAUUCCUCUACUCGAAAUGCUAUAAAUCCUUGGUCAUUCCUCUACUUCAAAAUAAGUCUAGUGUAUUGCAUUUCUCAAAUCUUGGUUAUCAUUAGUACAAGUCUCGUCUUUUUUUAUACAAGAACUGUAGUGAAGAAACCCAAAAUGGGUGACUAGUGAGAAAUGUACUGAAUUUGUUGGUAGCAUUAAAUGGUGGACCAAGACUUGUUGCUGGCUCAAUAUUUUCCACAAAACUUCGGAAAUGACUUCCAAUGAUCUAUCAAUUUGAUUUCUACGGGCAAUAAAUAAUGCAAGAAAUCACAUUCCCAACUAACCCCAUUUAUGAUGUAGGUACCAACAACAAGACAAAAAGAAGAAGACCUGUAAACUGAAAGCUUAGCAGCCUGCCAGCCCUCUUCUUGAUCUGCCUCAAAUGCCUAAAUAGAAGGAGAGAAAGGUCCUCCAAAGCUUUUUCUACGAAAAUAUCCCGAAAGCUUCAGUGAAUUAGUAAUGGCAGCUUCCCCACCUUCAUUGCGUUCUUCUCAUCAUCCUUAUUCCUCCUACUCCGGGAAAUGGGAAUAUGACGUCUUCUUGUGUUUCAGAGGGGACGACACCCGCGCUGGUUUUACAAGCCACCUCAGGGCUGCUCUCCGCGACAAGCAAAUCAAAGUCUUUAUCGAUGACAUGCUCAACAAAACUGAGAGCAUCGAUGAGCUGAUCUCCGUCCUCCAAAGAUCUGCACUCUCAGUUGUGAUUUUCUCGGAGAAUUUUGCAGAUUCAAGCUGGUGCUUGAAUGAAGUGGCCACCAUUUC